AUGCACAUUCGCUCCGCGACAUCCAGAACCGCAGCCCCACGUUGCGCUUCCAACCGGGCUGAGCCGCCUCCCGCAGGGAUCCCACCUCCUCUCCAGCCCCGGGAUCUGCCGUUCCCACCACUCAGCGGAGGCAGGGCAAGAUCCAACCCUCCCAUCCUCGGUUCUCCCGUUCCCGGCGGAGGGAAAGCAGGAUCCAUCCCCCCCAUCCCGGGUUCUCCCGUUCCCGGCAGAGGGAGGGCAGGAUCCAUCCCUCCCGUCCCGGGUUCUCCCGUUCCACCAGCUCAGACUCCGCUUCCCCGCGGAGGCAGGGCAAGAUCCAUCCCUCCAAUCCCGUGUUCUCCCGUUCACGGCAGAAGCGGGGCAGGAUCCAGCCCUCCCAUCCCGGGUCCUCCCGUUCCACCAGUUCACACCCCGCUGCCCUGCAGAGGGAGGACAGGAUCCAUCCCUCCCAUCCCCGCUUCUCCCCGUUCCCACCGCCCGGCACCCGCUUCCCACGGCGCCGCCAACUUGAGGGCGUCCCGAGCGCUCGGUCCCGUGGAAGAAACCCCUCCCGGGGAAAGCAGAAGGGGCGAGAAUAACGGGGCGGGCGGGGGAAUUUCGCAGCGCCCCUGCCCCAUUAGCCGCUCCCCUUUUGUCCCGGCGGCGGCUCCGCCGGGAAGCGCGGGGAGGAGGUGUCCCGCUCCGUCCCGUCCCGCGGCCGCCCCGGGGCAGCUCCAGCCCCCUGCCCGUGCCCCGGGGGCGGCUCUCGGCGGCGUUACCUGCGAGGAGAAGGAACCCGCGCGGCAUCUCCCACCCGGGUCGCGAAACUCUCCCGCGCGGCGCAGCCACAGCCGGAGCUGCCGCCGGAGGGAGGAGCCGCGGCCGCUUCGCCUCCGGCAAGCCACGCGCAGAGCCCAUUGGCUGCCGCGGCGCCCUGGCCCCACCCCCUUCGCCCCGCCCCGAACUCGCAUUGGCUGA